AUGCCGGCGCUCGGUUCCAAUCGUGAGGCGAAACGCUCGGAUGUGGUUGACACGGCCUGGAUGAACGACCUGUGGAACGAUGCUUACAACGCGAUGGCGUCAAACCACAAGACACUCGCCGCUGUGUUCGAGGGAAUUGUCAUGAAGGAGUACUCUAAGAUAUUGGAGGCUCGAUCAUCCAAAGAUGCUUCUCUCUCUCGCGUGACCACCUUCCCCCAAGAUGCCGAGACAAGACGCCAAGUAAUGCUGGCAUUAACCGAGCGCCAAUUGACUGGUAAAACCUCUUCCCGCAUGCGCAAAGCCAGCGAUGCUAUCCGGAUCGCCACGAACGCUCUGGAUACACUGCGGGAGAUAUUGUCUCCUUUGCUGGAGUCGUUCCCGCCAGCCGGUGUGGCGCUCGGUGGAUUGUGCGUUGUGCUCAGAUUCGUCGAAUAUGCGGUGACGUUUAGCAAAGAGAUAGUAGCUGGCCUCGAACACAUUGCCCAGAAUGCUGCGUGGUACCUUCAGAGUGGCAAUCGCUCGAUAUACCAGAGUACAAGUGGAGACCCCAAUCACCUCCGCACGGACCUUGUGAAUCUUUACUCGGCUAUGUUGGAAUAUCAAGUGCGGGCAUUGGUCAUGAGCGGACACUCAAGGCGGCAUAUCUUGUUGAAGGUCUCCAGUGGCUUGUCGUUGCCAGGUCUCUUGGUAACCAUCAAGGUAUCGGAGAGCUGCCUAGAGAGACGAAUUUCGCUCCAAACGAACGUGAGCAGCCUCGUGUAUCAUCGGAGGGAAUGUGGGGCCCGGCGAGCCGCUUUGGUUCACGAGCGCAUUCAGCAAUUCGCCCCCAUGGAAUCGCAGAGGUUGCCCAGCGACAGAGACGAGGUCGCCGCCAGAGACCUUACUGCUUGGCUGCAAGGAAGGCUCGAGUUUAACAGCUGGAGAAGGACUCAGAGGGGCAUUUUCGUCGUCACACACUCCAGCGAGAGAAAUCCUGCCCUGGCUGAGAGACUGGCCUUAGACUUGGAGGACGAGCGUCUGGUUGCAUAUUCCCCAUCCACAAGCACACAGGAGGAGACCAUGUUCUGCAACCUAGUGCGUCAAUUCAUUCACCACAUGCUCUGCGCCAGGGAGGAAAUUGCAGAUGGCCCCGCCCUUGAGGGCGUUCAAUAUUUCCAACGGGUGCAUGAUAAUGAGCCACUUCUCCUUCGGUUCUUCGCGGCGGUUCUGGAAGAGCUAGCGCAGGAUGAGCGUAUCGUCUUUGUUCUUGACCUCCCAACCACUCUUCCAGAUGCGUACAAGGACGGCUUGAAGCAUCUAAUCACAAAGAUGUUCUACCCAGAGGCAAAACGGCCUACAAGCCUCAGACUACUCAUCACUUCUCACGUUGACACAAAUAUCAGCCAACUGCUGUCAACGUUCCAGGACAUGACGACAUAUCUUCGCAUACCAUCGAGCCUCAACUCCGUCAGGUCGCCCUCAACGAGCGAGUUCGAGAUCGAUGGCGAGCUUAUACGGGCUGCUUUGCUCAUGAUGUUUGGCGCUAGUCGACCACUCGCUCUAGUAGAGCUCGCCUCUAGCGUGGCCGCAUAUCUUUCUAUCACUCGAGGCUCGUCCUCAAUGGAGCCUCUGAGGAGUGCUGAGUUGCGCUCGCACCUGUUCGCUGCGGGUUGCGAGGAAUAUGCAACAUUCGAUGAGCAUCAGGUACUUUUCAACGACGAGGAGGCUGCCCAUGAAGCCGCCAAAGAGUACGGAUUAGGAGACAAUCCCAAACGAUGUGGAGAGCUGGCCUUGGCCGAGGCGUCAACGCUUUGCCUCGCGACGUGUGUCGACGGCAUGCCGCUGGAAAGAAUUGACCAUCUUGCGCGCGUGGUAGCCAACACCGUCAAAGCGGGGAGCAAUGCGCUGAGCACGGAGCCGUGCUGUGGCUCCGCAGCUGCAGAAGUCUCCUGUGGCCUUCAGGGUGAUCUGCUCAAUGCCCCGCUCAUCACCUAUGCCGCCGCGCAUUCGGCAAUCUCAGCUUGCCGCAUUCCCCAUCUGCCAUCGCCAAAAUGCCGCGCAGAUGCGACCCUCUCUAGUAGAGUGUCAACGGCUGUUGUGGGAGCCAAAUCAUUUCUGCGUGCGGUUCUGCAAUACUCCCAGGCUGUUGGGCCAAUGUCAAAAGAUUUUGGCGACAAUCUUUUUCUUGCCGCCGCGGAGGUGAGUCAUCUGGAUUUCGUCGAAGAGGCGUCGAGACUGCACCACGAUGUCAAUGCGACAAAUCAAUUCGGCCAUACCGCGCUGCAUAUCGCCGCCAUUCACAGGGACGUUGAGAUGGUGCGAGCCCUUCUCUCUCUCAAUGAGCUGGGCGUCAACAUGCUUGCAAAAGACAAACUUGGAUUCACGCCAAUCCACCUCGCGGCAGACCUCAAGCACCCCGACCUCCUCGAGAUCCUCUUCGAAGAGGCUCGGCACCUCAACCACCAGCAGAGCCAAGAGCUCCGAGCCAUGGUCAACAACGAGCCGCUAUUCUCAGGCGAACGGUUGCGGUCCUUUAGUGGACUUCGAGACCUGAAAUCCCGAUUCAGGUGUGGAGUUGACCUGGAGCCUUACGAAGAAGAGGCCUUGGAUACCGCUCUCUUAACAUUGCGCGCCCGCGACCUAGGCAGUGCUAUGAUAUCUCUCGUCUGUCAGCGGCAUCCAUCAGUGGCAGCGACCCUCGUCAAGCUGGGAAUCAACAUGGCACACAUGCGGAACAGAAGAAAAUGA